AUGGAGCACCUCCAUAAGCUGUAUCCCGGAAUCAUGGCUGAUAAUACUUGUUUGCCAAACAUGAAGGGAACGACUUUAGAUAAGAGACUGGCAUACUUCUGCAAGGCUUUGAUAUCUGUUAGAGAUUCAUGGACAAAGAAUCACGAGUGGAUGAACAAAUUCUUAUUUGAUAAGAAUCUUAAUGUGGAAAACACUAUUAUGGAGCAACUUGUGUUCGCAACACUUGAUUGCAUGAUUAAGGCUGCAAGAGAAUUAUUCGAUAUGCUGGAUGAGGAAGAUAUGAAGGAAGGUUAUAAUUCCCCAUCUCUUCUCCAGCAGACUCUUGUAGUUCAUGUUGCUCAAGAUUCCAGCCCCCUCAAUAAAAAUCAUGAGAAGGUUGAAAAAUUAAAACCAAAUGCUAAAGAAGUAAAGAAAAAUUCUCAAGUGAUUGUAGCAGAACUAAAACCUGGCAACCCAAUGCCCAUGAUGCCUUCAAAAGGACCAGCCCUGUCUCCACCAACACCCGUGGCGCCGCAGAAGCGUCCUGCUCCGCCGCCACCUCCUCCACUUGGCGCCACAAAAUCCCUGCAUCGAAAGGCAGCCACAACUAAGUUGAAGAGAUCUGUCCAGAUGAUUAAUUUGUUUAGGAAUCUCAAGAGAAAUGUAGAAGGGUCUAGCCUUUUAAAUUUGGUUAAUUCUGCUGAUGUUAAUCAUGAAAGAAGAGCUCCAACUGGUACAAGGAGUCCACAAAUUGGAGGCGCCACUGGUUGGAAACAAGGACUGGCUGCUUCAUUGGCAGAGUUGACAAAGAGAUCAACUUACUUCCAACAAAUAGAAGAAGAUGCUCGAAAGCAUGAAAAGUCAAUCAUGGAGCUGAAGAUAGCCAUUAGGUCCUUCCAAGCAAAAGACAUGGUUAAGCUGCUUAUGUUCCAAAGACGGGUGGAAUCUUUUCUUGAAGGCCUAACUGAUGAAACCCAGGUUCUCGGAAAAUAUGAAGAUUUCCCUACAAAGAAGCUGGAAGCAUUGAGGACAGCUUCAGCUUUGUACUCAAAAUUAGAUAAAAUAGCAACAAACUUGAAGGAACUGCAGAUAGUGGCACCCUUGGACCAGCUCUUCAACAAGGUUGAGAGUUUUUUCAGUAAGAUCAAAAAAGAAUUGGAGGCACUUGAAAGGAUCAAAGAAGAAGAAUCCAAGAAAUUUAAGAGUCAUGAUAUUCAUUUCGACUUCAACAUCCUUACACUAAUCAAGGAAUUAAUGGUGGAUGUUUCCUCAAGCUGCAUGGAGCUAGCACUUAAGGAGAUGAGAGAAGCAAAGGCUAAAGAAGAAAUUGGAUCCAAAACCGACAGACAAAGAAAGGGAAAUUCUAAAAUGCUUUGGAGGGCUUUUCAACUGGCAUACAGGGUCUAUGCCUUUGCUGGUGGGCAGGAUGAUCGUGCUGACAAGCUGGCAGAAGAAGUGGCUCAUGAAAUUGCUUCUCAUUCUUAGCAGCAAUAAUCUCCCUUUCCUUGAGGACAUUGCUAAACCAAAUGUAUUUGACCACAUCCACACUGAUGCAUAUAUUGAAAAGGGUACUUGUUACUUGUACA